ACGAGUGACAAUGAUCGGGACGGCUGUCCUGGUGCUGGCUGGAUCCGGUCUGAGGUGCAUCACGACGAGAACACCUGCCGCCACAUGGUUGAUACAUACCGGGCAGUUCCUGGAUGGACUGGCAGGGAUCAUCACGAUGGCCGCUCCCCCCGUGGUGUCCUCGGUCUGGUUCCCGCCAGAACAAAGAACUUUGGCAACAGGUAUAAAUGUCUUCAUCAGUUAUAUGGGUUAUGCUGUGGCGUUCGUGAUUGGUCCGUUAGUGGUGACGCAACCGACCAACUCUACCAAUCAGACUGGACAUCAGGUUAACGGGUGCCAGCCUGAGGACAAUGGCACAGAUCCUUGCUUUAUCAACAUGAAUGCAGAGCAGAUCCUGAGACUCAUGUACAUAGAGACAGGGUUUGCGGGACUACUCUGUCUUGCAGUAGUUUUGCACUUUCCAUCGAAACCAGCAACACCACCCAGUAUAUCUGCAUCAACAGAGAGAAUGAAUUACAAAGCAAGCUUUCUAGCUGUUAUUAGGUGAGUAUUUAUAUUUUACUUCCACCUUCUAAGAGACAUGCCAUUCCUGCAGUGUGCAGGUAGUAUUGCAAUGUCUUUGAUUGUUGCUUGCCUGUACUCUGUACUGACUGUGUUUCCCUAUCCAUGGUGCUGAACGUAUUUCCGUGUCCCUGACUGUGUUUCCCUGUCCCUGGUGC